GUGGGCGCGUGAUGCAUGCCGCAGGUCAGGUGCGACGCUUCGGAACUCCUUUGGAUUUUCAACGCGCGAUCGUCAUCGUCGUGGUUGGUUUGGUGGUGGUGUGCAGGAACAGUGAAGCUUAGCCGUUAAGAGAGCGAGCCAAGCAAGGAUCUGAGUAUUGUGAGCACCGCGCGGCGAGCCUUCGCCAACCACCCGGGGGCCGGUACCGGGUACCGCCGUCGCCGUCAGCCGCGUGCCGAACGGAUGGCUAGCGAAGCGAGCGAGCGCGCAGUCACCAUGGACAUGGAGGCGGCCGCGGUCUCCGGCACCGGCACCGCCAGCGCGUCGUCCUCUCCCGCGCCGUCGUCCGGGUCGCGCGGCGGCAGGAGCGUCUGCCGCCUGCCGGCGCGCGUCGCCGGCGCGGUGGUCCGGGGCCUGCUCACCUUCGUCUUCGCGGCAGUGGGCAUGGUUCUCGGGGCCGUCACGGGCGCGCUGAUCGGGCUCGCCACGGAGAGCGGCCUGGUGCGCGGCGCCGGCGUCGGGGCCAUCUCCGGCGCCGUCGUGUCCAUGGAGGUCGUCGACUCCUCCGUCGCCAUCUGGCGCUCCGACGAGUCAGGGAUCUGGAGCGUCCUAUACGUGCUUGACGUGCUAUGGAGCCUGGUGACCGGCCGCCUGGUGCGCGAGAAGGUGGACCCCGCCGUGCAGAGCGCCGUCGACAGCCAGAUGAACGCCGCGGACUCGCAGGACACGGCGCCGACACUGGCGGACAUGUUCGAGACGGCCGCCGCGGGCAUGCCAGCCGCCGCCAUCGCGGCGCUCCCCGUCACGGCCGUCACCGAGAGUACCGUCACCGACGCCUCCGGGGAGCCCAUCGGCUGCCCCAUCUGCCUUCAGGACUUCGAGGCCGGCGAGACGGCGCGGAGGUUGCCGGAGUGUGGGCACACGUUCCACCUGCCUUGCAUCGACGUCUGGCUGCUCCGGCACGCGUCGUGCCCGCUGUGCCGCCGCGCGGUCUAGGCCGCCGCCGCCGCCGCCGCGCGCGUUUCGUUUGGAGGGUGUCUUUCAGCGACACACACGUUUCCCCGACCAUACCAUGAGCAGAGCAUUCUAGGAUAGUAGGAGUGCAGGGCACCUGGUUCUUUCUUGCAUACCUUAAUCUUUUUUCUAUUCGUCUUGGGCAGUACGCAUUUACAGAUACAGUACAUGGCUCCCAUUGUCACACACACACACGCGCGGCGUGGACGUAAAAAUGUAUAGAGGUGAAUAUUGUAAAUAAUGUAAUAUAGUUGUAGCAUUGAGAUUUUAUUUCGGUGAUCAUUGGUGUA